AUGUCUGCUCAACAAGUCAACAAUGGUUCAGAAGCCGGCUCCGAAUGGAGCUUGGUAAGUCAACAGUGGAGCCAGGUGGGCACCAGAAACAGCUCUCCGCAGCCCGAGGAAUCUGCGGCUGCCUUGAAUGUGGAAACAGAGGAAGUGACGGAAAUGAGUGAAGACCUGUUCACGCUCCGCAAACUAAUACCCAUCUUGGAGGGAACGCGGGAUGUAUCCAUGUUGGAGGAGCAAUUGCUCUGUGAGGAAAGGAUCCUCUCACAUCUAGUGAGAGGCGAGGUGAAACGAACUUAUGUUCGUAUUCAACCUGACUUCACAGCAAUUAUGGAAGUGGAGGUGUAUGACCGUCGUACCCUGGGAAAAAGGUUGCAAUGCAGCCUUCAUACUAGCUCGAACUAUCAUUACAAAUUUUCCCCCGAGCGCGAUGGCUGGAAGGGGGACAAAAUCAGCGUUAUGUUGCACUUCGGAAGCCUGAGCGUGCAAAGCUUGGGCGAUGAGAUUCCGAUGCCGCCUGGGUUCACAAGUGCACUAUUGCGAGGAACGACAUCCAACGUCUACUUCAAUGGUAUCGUUGGAGGAGAUGCUUUAAAGGAAGAGUUGGGCGAGAAAGCGGGCAGGAACAGAAGGAACUGA